AUGGAGUGCAGAAGAUUUGAAAUAACAUUAAUAUCAGCAAGUGAUCUUGAAUAUGUUCGGAAGCUAUUCAAGAUGAAAGUCCAUGCUAGGGUUUCCGUUGGAAGCAAUCCGAACACCGAAAAACGGACCCCAACGGACAAACAUGGGGAGAUAAAUCCGGCAUGGAACUUCAGCAUGAAGUAUACAAUCUCCGAGUCAAUGAUACAAUACCCUAAUGACAUGUUUGUUAUAAAGUUAUAUUGCAAGAGGAAUCUCGGUGAUGGGUACAUCGGGGAGGUGCAUAUGUCUAUGAAGGAGCUUUAUGAAUAUGCAUACCCCAAUGGAGGCAGUGCUAUCAUGACUUGCCCUGUGCACAAGGGUUGUGCUCAAUCUCAAGGUGUUUUGAGGUUUUCUUACAGGUUUGGUGAAAAAGUGAGGAUUGAUAAAUUUGUCUCGGCGGAGAGCAUUGCUGGUUGGAGUAUGUGUUAG